AUGGACCAGGGCAGAGGUGAAGGGAAGAACGAGGAGCUGCGUCUUUACCACCACCUCUUCGACAACUAUGACCCAGGACGCCGACCAGUGCAGAAGCCUGAGGACACUGUCACCAUCACCCUCAAAGUCACCCUGACCAACCUCAUCUCACUGAAUGAGAAAGAGGAGACCCUCACCACCAGCGUCUGGAUUGGAAUCGACUGGCAUGAUUACCGACUCAACUACAGCAAGGGCGAUUUUGGGGGCAUAGAAACCCUGCGGGUCCCUUCAGAACUCGUAUGGCUGCCAGAGAUUGUGCUGGAAAACAAUAUCGACGGCCAGUUCGGUGUGGCCUAUGAAGCCAACGUGCUGGUCUCGGAGGGCGGCUACGUGAGCUGGCUGCCCCCGGCCAUCUACCGAAGUAUCUGCGCCGUGGAGGUCACCUACUUCCCUUUCGACUGGCAGAACUGCUCUCUUGUUUUCCGCUCGCAGACGUACAAUGCAGAAGAGGUGGAGCUCGUCUUUGCUGUGGACGACGAUGGCGACACCAUCAGCAACAUAGAUAUCGACACUGAGGCCUAUACUGAGAACGGGGAGUGGGCCAUCGACUUCUGCCCCGGGGUGAUCCGCCGCUACGACGGUGGCUCUAAUGAUGGUCCAGGGGACACUGAAGUCAUCUACACGCUCAUCAUUCGCCGGAAGCCGCUCUUCUACGUUAUUAACAUCAUCGUGCCUUGCGUGCUCAUCUCGGGCCUAGUACUGCUCGCCUAUUUCCUGCCGGCACAGGCCGGCGGCCAGAAAUGCACCGUCUCCAUCAACGUCCUGCUCGCCCAGACCGUCUUCUUGUUCCUAAUUGCCCAGAAAAUCCCAGAGACAUCUCUGAGCGUGCCGCUGCUGGGCAGGUACCUCAUUUUCGUCAUGGUGGUUGCCACGCUCAUUGUCAUGAAUUGCGUCAUCGUGCUCAACGUGUCUUGUCGGACGCCCACCACUCACGCCAUGUCCCCGCGGCUGCGCCACGUCUUACUGGAGCUGCUGCCCCAACUCCUGGGCUCGGGCGCACCUCCCGAGGUCUCCCGGGCCGCCUCGCCCCCAAGGCGGGCGUCGUCCUUGGGCCUACUGCUCCGCGCGGAGGAGCUGAUACUGAAAAAGCCGCGGAGCGAGCUCAUGUUUGAGGGGCAGAGGCACCGGCACAGGACCUGGACUGCUGCCCUCUGCCAGAGCCUGGGCGCCGCCGCCCCCGAGAUCCGCUGCUGUGUGGAUGCCGUGAACUUCGUGGCCGAGAGCACGCGAGACCAGGAGGCCACCGGCGAGGAGGUGUCCGACUGGGUGCGCAUGGGGAAGGCCCUCGACAACAUCUGCUUCUGGGCCGCUCUGGUGCUCUUCCUUGUUGGCUCCUGCCUCAUCUUCCUCGGGGCCUACUUCAACCAAGUGCCCGAACUGCCCUACCCGCCCUGUAUGUAGCUGUGAGCCUGCAGCCACGGUGACAAACGUUCCCACCCAUCUCCAGGAGGAAAUCUGGAAAACAAGUUGCUCCCGCUGCUUUAUUACGAUCCUUUCGUACUGCCAAUGAUAAAUCUGUAUUCAGCCUCGC